AUGGCUUCAAAUCAAAAGCGACCUGAAUUGUCAGCAUGGGAAUAUGUUACGCUCUUUUACGCGGCUCUCAGAACUCUCAAUCAUACCAUCAUCGCUUCCAUAACUGCUCCCUUCCGUGGAAGCAAAGGUGCCAAGAAAUACGGUCAGCAUGUGGCCUUGUCGUUUACAAGGAAGGUCACGAACACGGCGAGCGUGAAGCAUUUGCAAGCAAUCCUGCCAACAGCACGCGACACUUAUCUGGCCCAUGCUAAAAAGCACAACUUCAAGCCUGAAUGGGAGACCCUACCCAGCGGAGCGGAGGCAUACUGGUUCGGCGACAAGAACGCAGAGAAGACCUUGCUUUUCUUCCAUGGCGGCGGCUACGCGCUCCCCGUAACCCCCGCCCACCUGACCUUCCUAACACACCUUACAACCCUAAUCCCUACCCUCCGCAUCCUCCUACCCGCUUACACCCUCGCCCCCACCGCGAGCUACCCAACCCAACUCUCCCAGGCAGCCGAAUCCCUACACCUCCUCCUCUCUCCCCCUUUCUCCCUCUCUCCCUCCCAGAUCUCAAUCGCGGGGGACUCCGCGGGCGGCAACCUCACCCUAGCCCUCCUCUCCCACCUGCUGCACCCGCAUCCUGACCUCCCCGCCACCGCUGCUAUCGAUUUGAAGGGGGAAAGCUGGGAGGCGCGGGUUUUGGGGGCGCGGUUGAAGGAGAAACAUGAGAAAGUCACGCUUUUGGUUGCAGACGGCGAGUGGCAUGAGAAUUGUGUGCAGGAAAUGCCGAAAGAUGAGAGCAAAGUCACCAGGGAUGCUAUUACGGCCUUUAUGGCUGAAAGAGUAUAG